GUUUAUGAAGUCUUUGGACCCAAAAAGACAGCAUUUAUAACAACUCCAAGAAUGACAAACGACAAUUCAGAAAACCUUGAAAAGGCACUACACAAGUAUCAAAGCCACCACAAAUCAAGACAGACAGUCAAAGCAACACCACAAUAA